AUGAGCCUUAAUAUCUUGUGUAUGAGUGAGUUUUGUUCAAGAUAUCGAGUUCCAGCAGAUGUUAGAUCAUUAUUGAUACCAGAUAACGGAGUUCACGUUGUGGAUGAGAGGUUGUUUACACUUAUGAAAGAAUCAAAGAAGCGCAUCGCAGAAAAACAACUUGAAAGACCGAUCAAGAAAAGCUGCAAAGAGGUGUGGAAAGUGCCUGAUACGUCUACUGAUUCUCAUUUAUCAUUCUUCCAUCCGCAAUUCCAGGCAAACUCGCUUUCAGUUGAUAUUGAGUCUCACGAGAUUCUUGAAUCGGAGCAAGGCGGUUCCAUCAUCCUAUGUGAAAGCAGUGAUAUCUACGGGACUUUUAACACGAAUCAUACAGAGGACGUCGUGGAUGAGAUCUUACAGAGCAUAGAACCCUCGUUUGGCGAGAUUUUACAAUCGUGGACAGACGACCAGCAGUGCAGUAGCCCGCCGCACCCCUAG